UUUUCAAUGAAAUUUCGAAGUCUUGUGUUCUCGAUAAACGAUAGUUACAUCUAUAAUUCUUGAAAAUGGCCUCCGUUCAGUGCAUUGUGGACUGGCAGUCGACAACGAACACCAUCUUAGAAAGAAACGGUCACAUGUUUAAUAAUUCAGAUAUGAGUGACAUAAGCUUCACCUGCAACGCUUCAGACAAGACAUUCUGCGCACAUAAAUAUGUCUUGGCCACAAGUAGCGCCGUAUUUUAUGCGAUGUUUUAUGGAAGCUUGCCCGAGAAAGAAUCGAUUGUUCGCUUGCCUGAUACAAAUGAGGAAAGCUUAGAACAGUUUUUGAGAUUUCUUUACACGGAGGACUGUACAUUGACCGCAGACAAUGUUUUUGCGAUUCUGUAUUUGGCAAAGAAAUACAUUGUGCCUUCGCUCAAAGAGAAAUGCGUUAAUUUUCUGAUGGAAAAUUUAAAUCCUGAAAACGUGCUGGACGUCCUCGACCAAGUGACUCGGUUUGAUGAAGAAGAUUUAAAAAGACAUUGUUGGAAAGUUAUACAGUCCAGUACCAGCAAAAUGGUAGCCUCUGAUAGUUUCAAAAACAUCAGUCAAGUGACCUUGGCUAAAUUACUGAUGUGUGACAAUCUGAAUACACAAGAAGUGGAACUGUUCCACGCUGUUUUAAAAUGGAUUGAUUUUCAAUGUUCAUGCAAGAAUUUGGAACCAACAAGUGAGAACCGAAGGUCUGUUAUUGGCAAGGCAUUCUAUAGGUUGCGAUUUUUUAGCAUGAGUCAUAAAGAGUUUGUCGAGAAUGUUGCUAAAUCUGGCUUGCUAACUGCAGUUGAGUUAGUUCCCAUUUACGAGAAAUUUCUUGUUGGAGUUGAUUCCCCUGGUCUGAAGUGGAAGUUGCCGAAUAGGAAACCAGGAAAUAUGUUCAGGUUUUCCAGAUUUUCUGGAAAUGUUGACGAUUUUCUAAACGGAAGGGAAUGCUAUGAUUACCUGACUGAUGAGUUCGUUUUUUCAGUGGAUAAAGAGGUAUUAUUGCUUGGUGUUCGUUUGUUCGGAAGAUAUGUUGGAUUUCAGCAUCAAGUCAGUCUUGAAAUCAAAGAUGCCAAAGUGAGUGGAACGUAUGUACCUGAAGCUGAUCAAAACGGCAUUCCUGGUUUUGAUGUAAUGUUUGAGAAACCCAUUAUGGUGAAGCAAAAUGAUGAUGUAACAAUAUAUGCGGAUAUUCAUGGGCCACGUACAUUUUAUGGCACAAAUGUGUUGUCUAGUGUUACAAAUGAAGGAAUCACUGUAACAUUUGAUUGUCCAUCUGACCCAUUUAAGAGCACUUUGGUGGAGCAAUUCCAUGAAAUAAUACUCUCGAUUCUUUAUUAAUGUCUUUUUUAAAGUAUUGUUAAACAGUUCUGUAAUGCUUUCCAACCUGUGAACAGUGUUGUUGACAAUGCAUUAUAUGAGAAUAAUAUUACAGUGUUGUUUAAUUACCUCCAGGGUGGAUUAUAAUGGUCAGCAUUCGGCUAUUUGCCAAGCAAAAACACUAAAUGGCUGAUUACUAAUCA